CGGCGCGGGCUCAUUCCUGUCUCGAACUCCGGCCGAGGCAGACGUCCCUUUUGCGAUUAUUCGCACUCACAACUUACGAGCGCGUGAACAUGAAGUGCUUCAACUGUGUUUUACUGACUCUUUCGGGCAUUUUGUUUGUGACCGCGGCACAUAUCGAGGCGAUGGAUGACCUGCACGCGGUCGUGGAGCAAAUCUCCCUCUUCAAAACUCUGCACAAGUCUGAAAUAACUCAGAUGAAAAACGAGAUCGAAGAACUCAAGAAAACUGCUGCUAUCCACGUGACGAACAACCACGAGCGGAAUGAGAAGGCGACCCUGCAAUGGGCCAAGCGCUCCAUGGAAGAGAUCCGCGUUGAGAUGCGUGAGCUGGAAGAGAGUGUCAACAACUCCGUACUACUGCGUCAACUGCAUAUCAUUCGUAAUGAGUUAAAGCAAGCGUUAAGUGAAACGUCGGAUCUGGCCCAGUUGGCCCGUACUCAGGAAGCUCGCAUUGACAAGUUGGAUAGCGAAGUUGGUCGCAUGAAGUACGAGGGUCAGCAGAUGAGGACCUUGAUUGCUGAGCAGCGAACUCAUAUCAGCAAGCUGUCGAAGGAGGUAAAGGCCAAGCAAGUUGCCGACAUGAAUCUGGAAAACGACAUUCUUGACUCGCACAACGACCGCUCUGCCAAGGUGAACCCUGAGUACAACCACAAGUACCGCCACAACAAGAUGAUCCACGCCCAGAUCUCCCGGCUUGCGCGCACCCAGACCCAGCUCGACGAGUUGCAGCAAAGCCUGCAGACCCAGAUCCUAGAUGUUCAACGCCGCAUGGACCGCUUUGAAGAACCCAACUGGAACCUGCUCUCCGCCCGAGUAGACUUCCUCGACCUCGAGAACAAAGUCCUGACCGAACAUCUGAAGAACACUACCCAGAAAGUGUCCGACUUCGAGAAGGUUCAUGCUUCCAUUCUCGAACUCCGCGAAGACGUCGAGAGUAUCGAAAACAAAGCUGACAAAACUAUCCCCGAAUUCAGAAAGGAAAUAUCGAAGUUGGACGUUAACUAUGCUCAGUUGAAUGCGGCAUCUUCAUAUCUGAAGGAAGACCAAGAGAAUCUUCGUCAGUCUGUGAAGGCGAUCGCAGUUAGCGUGAGCAACGCCAUCGACCGUGCUGAGAUGGACCGUCUCGUCAUCAAACAGCUUAACGAGUCUGUUGAGGAACUCGAAGCUAGAUCCCGCCAGCACUUCUCCCGACUUAACGACCAUAUUCUGAAGAGCGAGGCCAACCGUGACUACAACCAGACCGAAACCAUCCCCCUCCCCGAACUAAUGGGUGAAGUGAAGGAGCUCCAACCAGUGCAACGUGAGUAUGAAGACCUCGUCAACCAGCUCCCUAGAGACUGCUCCAGCAUCUCAGGACCUGCAGGCGUGUACCUCAUCCACCCCGGACGCGCUCCCUUCGACACCUGGUGCAACAAUGGCAGCACCCUCAUCCAACGUCGUUACAACGGCUCCGUAGAGUUCAACAGGAAAUUCGGUGAAUACGUCCAUGGUUUCGGUGACCCAGCCUCUGAGUACUGGCUCGGCUUGGAAUCCAUGCACCUUAUGACUGCUGACAACUGCUCCUCCAUGCGUAUUGACAUGAGCGACAUCUAUGGCGGGUUCUGGUAUGCUGAGUAUGAACACUUCUACAUCGGUAGCGCUGAUACUGGUUACGUACUUGAGGUGAGCGGAUUCAAGGGUAACGCUAGCGAUGCAUUUGAGUAUCAGAACCAUAUGGAAUUCUCAGCCAUGGACCGCGAUAGGGACAUCUCUAACACUCACUGCGCCGGCAACUAUGAAGGAGGAUGGUGGUUCUCUCACUGCCAGCACGUGAACAUCAACGGCAAGUACACCCUUGGCCUGACCUGGUUCGAUGGCGUGCGCAACGAAUGGAUCGCUGUGGCCACUAGCGAGAUGCGUAUGUACCGCCGACCAGGGUGCUCUUAAAGAGACAACGUCCGAGCUUCUUAAUCGUAUAGUUAAUAUCAUAACAAUUCAUUAUAAUGUUAUUUCACUUUUCAAUCAUACCAAAGAUAUCAAUAUAAGUGAGGGUAUUUUUAUUUCCAUUAGAUUGAGUUAUAGUUUCAUAGACAGUAUUAAUUAUUAUUCUGAUGUUUUUCAAGUUUAAUGAUUUCAAAUCUGAUAAUGACGGAAUCCGGUUUGAUGAUGAUGAUGAUUAAGACAUUCCAUUUUAUGUACUUAUAUGCAAUUGGUUUAUUAAGAAUAUUGUGUUCGAAAUAUCGUUUGUUAAGCAAAUGGUAAUUAGUCUUGAAAAUUAUUUUUAUUUAAAUGUAAAUCUGGACUGAUGCAUUGUGAUGUUUUACAAACGUUAGAGCUUAAAAGUCGGACAAAUCAGUACCCAACAAUCAGUCUAGUAAUUCUGGAAAACAUUCCUGUAAGCUUAUUUAUAUAAUUUACUUUGUAAUUGUUUUGAAGAGGUGGGGAUUUGUAAAUAUAAUUUUAUUAGGCAAAAGAUGCCAUAUUCA